UUAAAACCUGCUGUCCUCUGCAGCCCUUUGUGCUGGUCUGACCCAGAAUCCGGCUCUUUGAGGUCAGACAGCAGAUUGUGGUAGAUUCUAUCUUUACCCGGAAAAUGAUUUGGCAGCGGGAUUUUUUGAAGCAUUUACAUGUCGACCAGCGUUGGACUGGGUGUGUCGUCUGCCAGCAGGUGACACUGUGGACAGGUGUUCAGGUCACCGCAGGGUCAACACACCAGAACAGAACCGUUUCUCACUCAGCCCUCGGUUUGGUGUCACGUCUCCUCUGUUUUCAUAGCCUUGAUCAGUUUGGACUCUGAGAAAAGUGGAGAACUUCCAGCAGGUGGACUUUACUGGAACCAGUCACUGCUCCUCUGUGUUGUCCUCUGUCCCAAUGUCCAACAGGAAGACAAAUGUCUUACAAACAGAGGUUCCUGCUACUGAGGGAAGAGAUCAGGCUGUGAAUUCCUACAUUGCCCUGAUUUUCCAUCUCCUCUUCCAUCCACAGGAGGAAGCCUGCCUAUGUGAUCAUGGUGAACCUCGCGCUGUCUGACGGCAGCUUCUCCCUCACCCUGCCUCUGCGACUGGCGUACUACAUGAACAAGGGCCACUGGUCCUUUCCUGACUGGGUCUGCAGACUCUGUGUCUACACCUUCUACGUCAAUCUCUACUCCAGCAUCCUGUUCCUCACGUUUCUGAGCCUCCUCCGCUGGUUUUCCAUCGUCUAUCCACUACAUCAUAAGAAAGUGAAAAGUUUCAAGUUAGCCUUACUGACGUGUCUGGGAAUCUGGCUGUUUGUGGCCGUGUCCUCUCUGCCCUUCCUAGGCAGUGGCGUUAAUAAAAGAGGUGGAAUACCUCGCUGCUUUGAGCCGGCGACUCCACAGUCUUGGUCCCGCAUCCUCAGCAUGAACUACGUGGCGUUGAUUUUUGGAUUUGUGCUGCCGUUCUUCACCAUCAUCCUGUGUUGCACCAAGAUCAUCCACUGUCUGACACACCCACAUUAUUCUCAGGACCCGAAAACGCGCAUGAAGUUAAGGAAGAAAAACCAGCGCUCAGUGCACCUGCUCAUCAUGGUGAUAGCGACCUUCCUGCUCUGCUUCCUGCCCUACCACGUGAUCCGGACCCUGCACCUUUACGCCGUGAACGGCGGCUGGAACUGUGGCGUCACCAACCUGCUGCAGAGAGCCGUGGCGAUAACGCUGUGCAUGGCGGCGUCCAACAGCGUGGUCAACCCGCUGCUGUACUACUACUCCACCAAGAACUUCAAGGAAGACAUUGAGCACACUCGCUUACAUAUCAGUAAACGGCUGUCUUUCAGAAGUGGCUCUUUAAGAUCCACUGGACGGGCCGGGUCAUUGAAAGUUAAAACUCAACAGGGUCUGUCCAUAAAAGCAGAGGACAUGGAGCAGAGUCCGUUAAAAACACAACAUCCUGCUACAGACCAGCAGAUCCAAAUGACUGAGAAACCUUUGGGAUUGGAGGAGACCUGUGACUGAAAUGUGCUCAGUUUCCAUCCAAAAUUAGAAAACUUUCAGGAGAAACUGCUGCAGACGAUGGCCAUUGAGUCACACCACCACAGAUUGAUCUCUGUCAUUUUUCCAUUUUCUUUGGUAAUGUCCAGUUUGAUGAAGGUUGAGAUCAGAUUAUAAUCCAGAGGAAGCAGGAAGGAGUCACAUGUUCUCCUUCAUGGUUUUCCUCCAUACGGUUGCUGUUCAGGUAAAACAUGUUGUACAGCAAGACAGGAUCCAGUUCUGCAGGUGAACUUAUAGCGCCCUCUUCAGGCUGCUUCCUGACUGGACGCCCCAGACUGAACAGGAACAGGAAACCUUCUUUGUUUCCAGGGUUUUGAUAGUUUCCAUUGACCUGAAGCACCACUGCUCCCUUUGCCUCCCAAUCACCCGUUUAUAGGGAGAUAAUCCCUGCAGUAGUUUCCUCCUGGUGAUUUUUAAACUUUGUUUAUCGUCUAACCAUGAAGCGUCAGAGUGAAGCACUGAAACACUUUUGGGUGGGAUCUGAACAUGAGGUUCAUGUUCAGCUGAUCCUGUUUAUUUAACUGUCUUUAUUAUUUUAUAAUAUGUUGGGAUACAGUUCUGCUAUGUAAACAGGAAGCUUAGAAAUGAAGGUCCAGCUGGAAGGGUCGACCCUUCUGCUCAAUGUUUAUGUGGCUUUUUAUAUAAAUCAUUCACUUCUACAAACUCUGUCACUGUCUGUUUAUAUCCUGCUGUUUAAUUUAAUGUUUAAUUAUAAUGCGACUCAGAGGAUGUUAUUGAAAACAUCAAGUGAGGAAUUUAGUUCAAAUUUUAAUGGUUUACAUUCAGUUCACUUCAGACAAAUUUAGAUCCAUUUAUAACUUGAUCAGUUUGGAGUCUCUAUACAGUCAUUCCUCAACGCCAGAUAUUAAAUCACACUUUUCCUUUUUUUUCUCA